AUGGAGAUCACCUGGCUUCAUUAUUAUGAUAUUAUAUAUAAAGUAGCAUCGCUCACUGGUAUGUGGCCAUUUUUAAAAUCGAGAAUAAAAAUAUUUCGCGUUACUCUGCUGACUUUAAUUACAUUAACUGUUCUCGUCCCGCAGAUAGCGUAUCAACUUAGAUGCCACAAAAGUGACAUAUCAUGCAUUUGUGAGUCGAUGACAUCAUAUCUACUUUCGGUCGUCAUUUUGGUGAAGAUUUACACAUUUCAAUUAAACAUUCGCGCAAUUAGAAGUUUCACCCAACGUUUAUUCCUCGACUGGGAAGAAUUAAAAAAUCCCGAAGAGUACGAAAUUAUGAAGUCAUAUGCCACAAAUAGUAGGCGAUUCUCUUUGAUAUAUUCAGUGUAUUGCUUGUCGGCAUCACCUAUAUUUAUGUCAAUGUCUCUUGUACCAUUUGUACUCGAUAUCACAUCGCCUCUCAAUGAAUCCCGUCCCACAUUGCCACCAUAUCCGGGAUAUUACUUUGUGAACAUUCGAGAAUAUUUUUUUCAAAUUCUCUGGCACGCCAUCAUCGCCUGGGAAAUCCUCAUAGCUGGAAUAGUUGCCCAUGAUUGCAUGUUCGUAAUGUAUGUUGAGCACAUUUGCAGCAAGUUUGCUGUGGUCGGGUUUGCGCAGCUUCUUGAAAAUAUUUUUACUAUACCUUUCGCUAUACAAAUGUUAAUAGCAACAAUAGGAAUAAGUAUUACUUUGUUACAAGUCACACAACAGAAUAGCGAUGUCGUGAAAUCAAUAAGGUAUGUGCUGUAUAUAGUGGGUCAAUUGAUCCAUUUGUUCUUUCUCAGUUUUGAGGGACAAAAAUUGAUCGAUCACAGUAUGCAGAUGCGCGACAGGAUAUAUAACAGCUGCUGGUACGAAGCAUCCAUGAGAUCACAAAAACUACUCGUAUUGAUAAUGUUGAAGAGUCUUCAACCUACUUUCUUGAGCGCCGGUACAAUUUACAUUUUCUCUUUAGAGAGCUUCACCAUGGUCCUGCAAACUUCAAUGUCAUACUUUACGGUUCUCGCGUCCUUUCAGUAGCUCACGUUGUUCCUACA